GUCGUGUAAAGAGGUUUUGGGAAAUGUCCAUACAUACACCAACAACCGCACCCAACAUGGAGUUUAACGGCAAGAAAGACGUUGUUGAUCCCGAGGUUCGAGCAUAUGUAUCGAGUCUUGUUACCGCAGUAAGGAUUCUCCACUUUGUUUGCCCGCGAAAUACUGACAGACGCGUAAUAGUUGGGUGGAAGUGGUGCAGACGAGGAGGGACGAUAUGUGCUGGGAGAUGAUGCUUUGGCCUGUCUUCGUGAUUUGAAGAGAUGGCUGAAGUUAUACGACGAAAAAGCGAAUCGAUUGGACGUAGCAAGAUGUUUGGCAGAUUCCAACCUGGUGGGAGGGGAUCUGCUUCAAAUUCUUGCGUUGUGGCCGGAAAAUGAGACGGAAAAUCGAAUUAAAUUGAAGAUCGCUUUGGCAUGUCUGGAACUGCUUGUACCUCUGACAUGGCCCCUCGAGAAAACUGGCAAGGAAAUGACAGUCAACCACCAUCGACAUAUUCCCUACCUCGAAAUUGCACAAUUGGGAUACAAACGAGCUAUUAUAAACUUUGAUGGAGCGAGGAUAUUGCAUACGGCUGUGAGAUGUGCCAUACCCUCAAUGACGGAGGACAUGAAAGAUCGCAGUACUAGAGACGAAGGCAUUAUCAAACUCCUGUUAUAUUUCAUUCGUAACAUCGCCAUGAUUGCACCACCACCCAACGCAAAAUACGAGGGAGAUGAAGCCGAAAUUUCGAGAUCCGCAACAAUUGAUGCUUUCGACUACCAGGGUAUAUUUCAAUUACUUUUGACGCUAUCUUCUUCCAUGGGCGAGGAUUUUAAUACCCAAGAUGUGAUUGUUAUGGAAGUCAUAUUCCAUCUAAUCAAGGGUGUGGAAGUGGAAAAGUUGUUUAUGGAUGAGAAGAAGAUUGAUAAUAGCAAAAUGGAUGAAUUAGUUCGACUGAGACAAAAAGAAGCGGCCAUGCAUAGAAGUUACCAGGCACACGCACCUACGCGACACAACCGUUUCGGAGCCAUGGCCUGGAUUCAGAGAGGAGAUGCCAAAAUGACAACUGUUUCGGGACAAGCUGCUAUAACGGAUUCUGCAAGGGGUCUGGCCAAAAUGGAUAGCACGAAGAAAUUCAAGCCUCCACGACGGAAACCAAAAGGAGAGACAGGACCCCUGGACUUUAAUACACCUGUCAGUUUGAAUGUCCAAGCAACGAAACAUUUACGUUCUUUUGUAGAGGAAUUCUUAGAUUCAGGAUUCAAUCCGCUCUUCAACCACACUCGGAAGGCCAUUGAUCGUGAAGCUGACCGAAUACUGGAAACUCAUCCUAGACAAUUCUUCUAUUUGGUUUCUUGGUUCUUAGAGGCGGAGCGAGUAAGAAGGAGAUGCAAAAAAUCAGCUAAACCUUCGAGAAACGAACCACCACCAGAAGAAAUAGAUAGUUACGCGAUUGUCGCCAGCGUUUUGAGCCAGGAGAUGUUUGUCACUCUGAACAGAAAGAUGGACUAUACUUUUGAAAGUAAAUCCUGGGCAGAUCUCAGCGCAGCCAUGAAAUGUUUCACUCAAAUUCUCCUGACUGUUCAGGAUAUGUCAGAGUCGCGUCUCGAAGAGGAUCAAGAGAUCGCGGAGAAUAUUCUCAAUCGUAUAUUUUACGAAGACACAACCCACGAUAGAGUGGCCAAUAUCGCUCGUACUUACAAAGACCAGGGGUUCGGUUAUUUGGAUUCAUGUACGGAGCUCGCUCAUAACUACUUGCGAAUUUUGGAGCAAUACUCGAAGCAAAAUGUCGAUUUACAAGUCAGAUCACGCAGACGUGUGCGACGAAAGAAGAAGGCUGCGAGAGAUGCUGGAGAAUAUGGCGGGGACGACGAAGAUUUAGGGGACUCUGAUGCAGAUGAGUCGAGAGCAGAAAUAGUUUCCCGGGAACGAAAAUUCGACUUUAAGCGUUUUGCCAACAGAUUCGUAUCCCAAGGAUGCGUCGACACUUUUGUGAAGUUUACAGCUUACUACAAUGAUCUCAAGCCCGAACAGCUCAAAAGAGCGCAUCGCUACUUUUAUCGGGUCGCGUUUAAGCAAGAGAUGAGUGUUAUGCUGUUUAGAGUCGACAUUAUCGCACUUUUCCACAAAAUGGUCAAAGGUCCAGAAGGGCUAGACCCACAAUCCCCAUUCUUCAAAGAGUGGCAGGAGUUCGUGAAGCAAAUUCUGAAGAAAUGCUUCAAGAAGACUCAGGAGCGUCCCGAGUUGGUAGUCGAGAUGCUCUUUUCUAAAAUCAAUGCGACUACGCACUACCUUGAGUAUGGAUAUGAAAAGCAGACUGUGUCAAGCAAGCCACGUGCUGCAGCUGAAUUAGAAGUCAAGCCAGGAAAAGAAUGGGAGGAACAAGUCGCCAUUGUCGUUGGUGCGUUACUGGAUAAGAAUGAUGGGGAGCAUAUUGAAUGGGUCAAAUCACAGUUGACCUCCGCCGAAAGCGAGCGACGGAGUUGGGAGGGAGCGAAUAUCGCUUCGGCGGCCGCUAUUCCUUCGAUUGAGGAUGAUCCAUUUGCAGAACCCGGCGAAACACCAGCGGCACCACCCGUCGAUGCACCCAAGACACCCUCUAUUUGUAUGUUUACUUCUUAUCUUCAUAACUCAUAACUAACCAUAAAUAGUGGUCAAGCCAGACAAAGACGAACGUAAAGUUGCUAUGUUCAAGAAUGGUCAUCUUCGACUCCUUAUGACUUUGGUUGGCUUCGCGCGGAUUGGUGUGGACGACGACCCUGACGGUAGCUGGGUUGUCCCACACCCUCUUACUGCGGAUCAACUGAAGGAGUCUCUCGACUUGAUCAAGAAAUCUGAAUUUAGUCCCCCUGUAUUUGAUGAUGGCCAAGAAGCUGGCGAUUACAUUCGACGAAAAUCUGCAACUGCAGCUUCGAGGAAGAGGGCUGUCUUUGAUGAUGAUGACGAUGGAAUUGACGAUGAUGAAGAGGAGGAGUUUGAGUUCGCACCAGGAGGUCCAACCGCAAUGAAACCAUCCGAGGCUUUGAAAGAACUCAAAAAGAGACGAAGACUAAAGAGAAAAGGAAGUGAAGAUGAAAACAGUGGUUUGACAGACGAACAAGCUGCAGCACGCGCUGAGGCCCGACGUCUGAAAGACCUGGAAAAGAACCGAAAAAUCAAGAGUGAUCUUUUCGUUCACGACAGUGAUGACGAAGACGACGAAGAGCGUGAUAAAGCAUUUUUCGAGCAAGAACGCCUGCGAGAGAAAGCCAAAGACGAUCUCAUGAAAGGCUUACUUUCUACGGGAGUAGCUAAACAACCCUCUGCAGCGAGGAAAAAGAGGGAUUCGAGUGCGAUAUCUAUUGAUAGCGAUGAUGAAGAUGGACCUCCAGCUGUGAGCAGCAAGAGAAGACGAUCCAAAGCCGAUGAGGAUGAUAGUGAGGAUGAUGUUCCUGUUGUGGUCUCUGGGCGCUCUUCCACCACUGCUAGAGACGAUAUUUUGGAGGAUUCUGAUGAGGAGGCUACUGAUACUCCGAUGUCGAGUCCGCAUGUUAAGCCCAAGGCGAAGCAGACGAAGAAACGGAGGGUGGACUUGAGUGAUGAUGAGGAAGAGGAAGAGGAAGCUUUUGGCGCUGCAAAAAACUCUGCUAUGGUAUUGGAUGACGAAGAUGAAGAUGAAGAAAUGCCCGCGGUGAAACCAGCGAGGCAGAGGAUGAGAUCUGGCUUUGUUGUGGAUAGUAGUGAUGAGGAGUGAUGAAUUCUUUCUUUCGGGUUACAUGAUAUGAAGUGAUGGAGUUUGGUUUUGUUGUUUGGGGUAUGGUAUUGGAUUUUACGGGACCCAUGAAUGGGAUUAGUGGCCCCUGGAUUAUGAAUAGCGUUGAUAGGUAGGAAGGAGUCUUGUCAAUAAAGAUUUGUAUAUAUAUGUGGUAAAGCAGAAUAAAUCUGUUAGAGAAUCGCCUUCAAGU